AUGUAUCAACAGCUCGAGGCACUUGGCUAUCAAGCAAUCGACCGAGGAUUGAUACCCGACUGGAUCCUCCGAAGACUGAUCAGGUUCAGCUGUUCCUUACGCCUGAAAGAGCUAGACAGCCCAUCAUUGGAGGAACUCCAUCGUCGUAAAUUCUCCUUCAUCGAAUCGCUGCGAUCGCUUCCAGUGGCCGUCCAUCAAAAAAGUGCAAAUGAGCAGCAUUACGAAGUGUCUACCGAGUUAAUGAAAUCAUGUAUGGGAGAAUACAUGAAGUACAGUUGCUGUUAUUUCCCCCGAAUGAACGAGACUCUCGACGAAGGCGAAAUAUUGAUGCUUCAGGAUUAUUGUGAAAAGGCUAAGCUUGUAGAUGGAUUAGACAUCUUGGAUCUGGGGUGUGGUUGGGGAAGCCUCUCCCUUUUCUUAGCUCAGAAAUAUCCCAACUCUCGUAUCACAGCUCUCAGUAAUAGUCGCACUCAAAAAAUCCACAUCGAUCAAGUCGCAAAACAAAGACAAUUGAAAAACGUGACCGUUUUGACAGACGAUGUGAUGGUCUUUGAUUUCCCUUCUGAUCAUCCUAGGUUCGAUCGUGUCAUCUCCAUCGAAAUGCUCGAACACAUGAAAAAUUACGAAUUUCUGUUUAAGAAAAUAUCCACUUGGUUAAAGCCUGAAGGCUUGUUUUUUGCUCAUAUUUUUUGCCACAAGGACCAACCGUACCAUUUUGAAGAAAAAGAUGGCUGGAUGGCCCAGAAUUUCUUCUCGGGGGGGACGAUGCCAUCUUUGGAUCUGUUCGCGUACUUCCAACGGGAUUUAAAUAUCGAACAUUCCUGGUUCAUCAAUGGUACUCAUUACUCCAGAACCGCUGAAUUGUGGUUGAAGAAACUUGACCAAGCCCGGGGCAUUUGGACGAGUGAGAAUCAGUUACUUGAGGUCAUGAAAGUUCAAGGGCUUGAUGAAGAUCUUGCGACCAAGGAGAUAUACAAAAAUUUCUUUAAGUUUCGCACAUUCUUCUUGGCAGUUGCCGAAUUCUUUGGGCUCAAUGAGGGUCAAACUUGGGGAGUUGGGCAUUAUCUCUUCUCAAAGAAAAAUCUACUAGCCACAACAAUGGAUUAA